AUAGUUUACAUCAUUAUUCCAGAAAGAUCCACAGCUGGCUUCUCUGGCAGGGGCUGUUGGUGUUGCUGUAUAUAAGUGCGCAGACACAAGAGGCAGCAAGUUUUCAGAGAGGGGACACAGAGACAUAAUGGACAUCGCUAUCCAGCAUCCCUGGUUUCGCAGGUCCUUCUGGCCAUCCUUCUUUCCAAGUCGGAUCUUUGAUCAGCACUUUGGGGAGCCCAUUUCUAAUAGUGACAUGAUACCCUCACUGUACUACCCUAGACCUUCCUUCCUGCGCUGGCCAAGCUGGGUGGACAGUGGCCUCUCUGAGAUGAAAUUGGAAAAGGAUAGCUUCUCAGUAAAUCUGGAUGUAAAACAUUUCACACCAGAGGAGCUGUCAGUGAAAAUCAAUGGAGACUUCCUUGAAAUUCAUGCUAAACAUGAGGAUCAUCAGGACGAUCAUGGCUUUGUCUCACGGGAGUUUAUAAGAAAAUAUCGUGUUCCUGCUGGUGUGGACCCAACCUCUGUCACCUCCUCCCUGUCUUCUAAUGGGGUUCUGACAGUGACAGCCCCACGCAAGCACUCAACCAGCCCAGAACGCACCAUACCCAUCACCCGUGAAGACAAGCCCGCCGUGACUGGCCCUCAAAAGAAGUAAAGCUGCUAGACUUCCAUGUUACAACUUUAUGUUCCUUGUCUUUCUCUGUUGUAUGGUCAAUGCUUGUGCUACAAUAAUCCUUUACUGCUCAAUCUGACCAGUAUAUACUGGAAUAGCUUAUUACCCCCCUUGUUAUUGACAUGCCAAUUGAUUAAUUUGUCUUUGCUACAGAAGCUUGGUUGGAAAUGGUUAUUUGGUAAAAACUAUACUUCAGUUGAGACAUCAUCAAACAGUAAAUGCAACUUCUACACAAGUGGUUCUCAACUUGUGGAUUGUGACUGAAAAAUGGAGAAAUAACAAUCCACUUUUAAAAGGGUGGAGAAAAUACUUCCCAUAUCUUUUGUUGUUGAUAUCAAAGGCCAGUAUCCAAUUUAACUCAACUGUAUUUUGGUGAAAAUUCUUCUGUCAUUUGGUAGAAGCUAUCCAUGUUAGACAGAUGCAAAUAUGCCCUCAUCCUCAAAGAACCAUGACCAAAUUAUGCAUGGAAAACUCAACCCAAAAAUUCAGGUUCAAUUGCAUGAGGAUAAACAUGGUUUGUUUCAACCACAGUGUGUUUUGUGCAGAGACUUCUUGGGUGCUGAGUGCAUGAAACCAUUGAAAUUCAAGAGACAUUUAGAAGCCAAACACUCAAACGUUUUUACUUUUGUGGGUUGCCACUUGACAUCCAAUAAAAUUUGCAUGGAUCCUGAAGCAAAACAAGUUGCGAAUCACUGCUCUGAAUGAUUGUUACCUAAAUCAAUUCCAUAGAAAUACACUGUUACAAUAAAGUAUUGUCUGAACAGACAAAAGGACUCUUUCAUGUUUUGCAACCAGUCUGUGCUAAUGGCUGCAUGACAAAGUAUUUGAGGUCCUGAGUGUAGGAUUGUUGGAUUUUUCCUUUUCAUUUAUAGAGAACAAAAUCACAAUGUCUUAAACCAACAUUUUUGGGUCAUGUGGCAAACAAUUUCCAUAGCCUGUCAUAUUCAAUAUUAUUUAAUUUCCAGAGUUUGAUUCCCUGCACACUAUCGUUAUCAUUAUCAUUUAUCCAAAAGAGCUCAAUAGAGAAAUGUUGGCUGCUUAUUCUGUAUAUGUUAAAAAGAUUUGUUACAUUUGUUUGAGGCUGUUCUAACCCUCUUUAAAAUUUACAAGUGUAACAUUUGGGCUAAGCCAGGGUAAAAAGAAAUGUAAAGCCUUUUGGUUUCUGGUUAAUUGUGGUGCCAAGAGGUGCCAAGAACAGGUUCUACAGCAAUAAUGAAAGUCCUGUGUACAGUACACGAGGAGUGAGGUCAUUUAUAAUCAACUAAAAGAGUUUAUUAAUGCAAGGUUUUGAAAGUAUGGUAGGAUGACUACAAAGUAUGAAUAGAUCAGAUGUUUCCCAAAUAAUAUAUGAGCUUGCGGUCAUAGCGCAUUUCAAUGUUAUUCUUCAGAACGAAAUACAGUUUUUUUCUAGGUACUGUAUGUCUUGAGCUAAGUUAACCUUGAGCAUAGGUUAUGUUUAAGUGCAUGGACAUGUAACUCUCUCUCUCUGUGUGUGUGUGUGUGUGUGUGUGUGUGUGUGUGUGUGUGUGUGUGUGUGUGUGUGUGUGUGUGUGUGUGUCUUAUCACUAAAGUAAAGGCCUGGGAAACCAUUGCAUUGAAAACACUAGGAGGUAUAAGUGAGAAGGAGCACAAAUGUUUCAAAUAGUUUUUCAUAGUCCAUUGAUUCUACAUUCUAAGUACUGAAUUAAUGUAUUGAUUUAAUUAAAUAAUUAUUAAUAAAUUCUGUGGCAUUUCAAAACCAGCGUGAUCUGUUUU